GCAGCCACCCCCAAUCCCUCGUGCCCUACCUGACCGCAGCCGCCGCCCCCAAAUCCGACCGGCGCCCCCAAAUCCUCCCAUCGGCGCCAGCAUCCCCCACCACCGCAGCCCCGCCGCCGCCGGCGUCCCCCACCACCACAGCCCCGCUGCCUCUUCCAGCCACCCCACCGCCACCGACUGUCGUCCACCCGGACGGAGUCAGUCCUUGGCCCCAACAACCGCACAGCAGCGCCGCAGCACCCCCACGGACCGAGGAGUCGAGCACCGAGCGGGGCCGCUUCCUGUAUGUCCUCUCCGAUCCUCCAAGCAGCGGGCGUCCCUCUUCUCCGGUGAGCAGCUCACUAGCAUGUCAACAUCCUCUCCGUUCCCCCAAGCAGCGGAGCAUCCCUCUUCUCCGGCGAGCAGUUCUGCCACCUGAACAUCAACAUCCUCUCUGUGGACAGGGCUGCCUCCUGAACAUCCUCUCUCUGAGCAUUUGGUAAAUAUAGUGAAUUUGGUCAAGAAUGGACAAGAGUUGGAUGGAUAAAGCUAGAAACACACAAGCAUAUAUUGAUGGGGUAGUGAAAUUCAUAGAGUUUGCUUUUACUCAUUCAGCAAGAGGGAAUGCUAUAUUAUGUCCUUGUAGAAAAUGCUUGAACUGUUGUUGGUUUGAAGCUAGUGAUGUGUAUGAGCACUUAUUAUAUCAUGGGUUUAUUACUGGGUACAAAAGAUGGAUAUAUCAUGGGGAGGCAUCAUCAUCUCUUGCAUCUGAUAGUGACCAUGAUCCGGUCCAACCUAAUGAUGUUCAAGAGGAGAAUGACCUAGAUAAUUAUGAUGAGAUGUUCGAAAUGAUUCAAGAUAUGGCACACCUAAUUGGGGAUUUGAGUGAUAGUGACGGCGGGGAGGAUCCAAUUCACGAGGAUGUAGAGCCUGGGAGCGUUGACCCUCUUCUAGAAAAGAAAAAGAAGCAUGAGGCAGAUGCUUUUCAACAAUUCAUAGCUGAUGAUAACGAGGAGCUUUAUCCAGGAUGCACAACCUUUUCAAAACUACGUUUCAUUGUUAGGUUACUACAUACCAAAUCUCUUGGAGGUUGGAGCGAUAAAAGCUUUGACAUGAUGCUAGAGUUGCUAAAAGAGGCCUUCCCAAUAGCAAAGCUACCCAAAAACUUUUAUGAAGCUAAGAAAAUGAUAAAAUGUCUUGAGCUGGGUUAUAUUAAAAUUCAUGCAUGUGAGAAUGAUUGCAUUCUGUUUUGGAAGGAGCAUGCAGAUAAAGAUAUUUGUCCUACAUGCAAAACUUCCCGGUGGAAAUCUGAAAAGAACAGACUUGAUGGGAAACGUGUACACAAGGUCCCAAGGAAGGUUCUUCGUUAUUUUCCAAUAAAGAAGAGGCUACAACGCCCGUUCGUGUCCCCGAAGAGUGCAACAGAUUGCAAAUGGCAUGAUGAAGAACGCACAAGAGAUGGACUAAUAAGGCAUACAUCAGAUGCACCUGCUUGGAAUGACUUUGAUGCCAAAUAUCCUAAGUUUGCCGAAGAUAGUCGCAACAUUAGGCUGCUUAUAUGUGCUGAUGGUUUUAAUCCAUUUAGGACAAUGAAUUUAUCAUAUAGUGUUUGGCCUGUUGUAGCAAUUCCGUUGAAUCUUCCUCCUUGGUUGUGCAUGAAGCAAGAAAAUUUCAUCCAAUGUCUGCUAAUUCCUGGUCCAAAGUGACCUGGGAGAGAUAUUGAUGUGUUCCUUGAACCACUUAUUGAUGAUUUGAACUCGCUAUAUGAGGAGGGUGUUAGAACCUAUGAUGCCUCGACCGGUAAACCCUUCAACCUCCAUGUUGCUGUAUUAUCAACUACAUCUAACCUCCCAGGCUUAUGCACUCUAUCUGGUAUUGUAACCUUGGGUGAAUUUGGUUAUCCAUUGUGCAGCUCAGAGACUUGCUCUCUUCGGCUGAAGGAAGGCAAGAAAUUUUGCUAUAUGAAUCAUAGAAGGUUUCUUGAUCCAAACCAUGAAUACAGAUUUGAUGAGGACUCCUUUGAUGGUGGUGUGGAGUUAGGGGCAGCACCUGUACCACUUACCGGAGAGGAAGCUUUGGCCCUCACUGAAAAUAUGAAAGACUGUUUUUGGAAAGAACCCUUCCGAGAAAACAACCACCAAGAAGCGCAAGGUUGGCGAACCACCAAUAGUUCGGAAAAGAAAAUCCAUAUGGUUUAGGUUGCGAUACUGGAAAGACUUGCUGCAGCCUCAUAAUCUUGAUGCAAUGCAUAUUGAAAAGAAUGUAUGUGAAAACAUAAUUAACACACUUUUAGGCAUGGAUAAGAAAUCAAAAGAUAAUUAUGCUUCUCGUAAAGAUCUAGAGCAUCUAGGAAUAAGGAAAGCUCUCCAACCUGUCCCAGUUGGUGAAGAAUUUGAUUUUCCUGCUGCACCCUAUGCAAUGGUCAAUGAAAAUAAGAAAUUGUUUUGCCAAGUUUUGAAGGGAGCUAGGUUCCCUGAUGGUUGUGCAUCUGAUAUACGCCGCAAUGUCCUUGUCAAGCAGAAGAAGAUCACUGGGUUGAAGAGCCACGACAAUCAUAUUCUUUUGCAGCAAUUGCUUCCGCUAGCUGUUCGGAACACACCGCCAAAGGAAGUCGCCAUUGCAUUGGUUCGUGUCAGCAGAUUCUUCAAGAAAAUAUAUUCUCCUGUCAUUUCCAUAAGUGAUAUGGAGAAGCUAGAGGGAGAAAUAGCUGAGACCUUGUGCAUUCUUGAGACCAUAUUUCUGCCAUCAUUUUUUGAUCUUAUGGUUCACUUGAUGGUUCAUCUUCCAACCCAAGUGAGGCUAUGGGGCCCAGUAAAGUACAGCAGCAUGUAUCCGGUAGAGAGGUAUAAUAUGAAGCUAAAGGGGUUUGUUCGUACCAAGAGCCAUCCUGAGGGGUCAAUUAUAGAGGGCUAUGUGUUUGAUGAGUCCCUUACAUAUUGUUCCCGUUAUUUACAAGGAUGUGAGACUAGAUUUAAUAGAAAAUGCAGAACUGAUGUCCCUGAGCCCAAUGUAUCUACUAUGCCAUUCUUUACCAACAAGGGUCGAUUUUUGGCUGGAAAGCAUGUAGUGACCUUGGAUCACAAGUCAUGGCUGCAAGCACAUCGAUAUGUUUUGUUUAAUUAUGAUAACAUAGAUCCAUACUUGAGCAAGUAUGAUGCCUAUUUGUCUUCAAUUGGCCAUGGGACUAAGUUAGAGAUUAGUCGCACUCGCCAUGUGAAAUUCCAUGAGUGGUUUAAAUCCCAUGUGGCACAACUAGUUGCGAAUGGUGAAGAUAUUUCUGAAGAGAUUCGAACUUUAGCUAAUGGGCCCUUCUCAGCUGCAAGGAAAUGUAAUAGCUAUACCAUAGAUGGGUACAAUUUCCACACGAAGUCCUAUGAUGAGGGUAGACCUACCCAAAGCAGUGGGGUUGCUCUUGUCUCUCAAAUUCUGUCGCCCUCAUGUGAAGAUAGUGAAAAUCUUAUGGUCACAAAUAAAAUAUAUUAUGGUGUGAUAACCGAAAUUCUUGAGUUAAAUUAUAACAACAAAGGAAGUAUUGUGCUUUUCAAAUGUGAUUGGGUUGACAACCGUGCACAAGACAAGUGGGUUCAAGUUGAUUAUUUGGGUGCCACGUGUGUGAACUUCAAGCAUUUACUCAAGUCUGAUGAACCUUUUAUUUUGGCAUCUCAAGCAACUCAAGUGUACUAUGUGCAAGAUGAUCUUGAUAAAGAUUGGUGUUUUGUUAGAAGUUUUCCACAUCCACGAGACCUUUAUGAUAUGUUUGAAGCGGAAGAUGGUGCUUAUGACCAGCAUGAUGCACCUAGUGUACCAAUCCUUGAUCUAGAUGCCAAUGUAGAUCUCAGUGUUGAUGUUAGAAAUAUACCUCAUAGUAGGACAGAUAUAGAUGGAACACUCGUUCGUGCAAUUCAGCAACCAAAGAAAAAGAAUGGAAAAAGGAAGAGAUGAGGACAAUGUUCAAGAACGAGAGGAAGAGAGGCUAGCAAGAAUUAGAGAAAGAAACAGCGAGGACUUUGAACGAUUUGGUCGCUUUAGAUUUUCAAAUAUAAAUGAAGAAAAUGGAGGCCCAGCUAGUCAGUGACAAACUAAAAGGAAGAAGAGCACUGCAGAAAAGCCUAUUGUUGAAGUAACUCGAGUCCUUAGGUCCCAAACGACUAGAGAUGUUGAAGAGAUGCCUUGUGACAACAUCCAAGAGGAUGAAGACCAUGAGUUGGGUCAAGAAACAAAAGGGAAGAAGGGCAAAAGGCGCACUAGAAUGCAUAAUGUGUAUGAUAGAUUGGGACAGUGCCACCAAUUCGUGUACAGUACAAUGAAGAUGGACAACCAGUUGGGGACAAUGCCUCGGAGUUUUCCAACUUCAUCUCCACACUUGCGAAAAGUAAAAUAUCUCUUAGGCACACUGAUUGGAGAAAGGUUGAAGUUGAGCAAAAAAUUCAAUUAUGGAAAACCUUAAAGAUGUAUUAUGUUGUGGAUGACAAACUUAAGGAUUGGGUCAUGGGAAGCGCUGCCAAGAAAUGGAGGGAUUUCAAAUCAGAGUUGAAGACUUUGUAUUUUGAUGACAAGACCGAUGAGGAACUCCAAGUUGUCCCUGAUAAUAGAGUUAGCCCAACAGAUUGGGAAGAACUCGUUGCCUUUUGGAAAAGUGAAAGAGGGAAGAAGCGUAGCCAGCAAGGGAAACAAAACCGAAAGGAGAUGGAAUUAUUGCAUACAUCAGGCAGUAAAAGUCAUGCUCGUGUUUCUCAUGAAAUGCAUAUGAAGAAUGGAUAUCCCCCUCAUAGACAUGAAGUGUUUAUGGAAACACAAAAGUGCAAGAAGACCGGUGCCCCUUCAAGUGUGGCUGCAGCAAAUAUGUUU